CUCAGGGAGGGGCCUUCCUGUGCUGGGAGCAGGGCAGGGAGCUGAAAUGACCAUUAUUGCCAGUACUCACAAGCUUAUCACAAGACCCCGGAUAUGUGAUGAUGUUGUUAGAGCUUCAGCUCAGUCCCUGCAUUGGUUAAAAUGAACGAAGUAGUAAGUUCCUACAAGGCUGCAGAGAAAAGCUUGGAAACCUGAAUCCUACAGGGUGCAAAACAGAACCCAACAUUUAUCGUUGUAAAUCUCAUGGUGAUAAAGCUAAACUCGUGAUUUUUGAGUGCUUAGUUAUCAGUACUGGAUUAGGGGUCAGCAGGGGGCUAGUCUGUGCUGAAGGGGAGCUGGCUGUUUGGGUGAAUCAGGCCUGGGUGUCUCUUUUCCCUUCUGUUUACUGGGGUCCUUGUUACACAGUGAAAUCCCUAGUCAGUGUUUUGCUGCAGGAGCCCCAGGAGUCUGGACCAUUCCAGCAGGAACAAGGGAGAGAUGCAGGUUUGAAAACUAGAGCACUUACCUCAACUGGGAUAAGGCUGUUUUCACAAGGCACAAAAUGGCUGCAAAGCACCGUGGUCGGAAGCCCCGGGGGCUGCAGAUCCAGGGUCCGCUACAACACGUGGUGCUAACGCAUGUCAAAGUGGAAACAGAAAAUCCAGCAGGCCCCAAACCAGGGAAGGAAUCGGAGAGAGAAGGGAAAGAUGCUGCUGUGAUGCCACCCAUCUCAGCAAGUCCCCCAUUGUCCCGGACAGGACAACAAAAAUCCAGCUCUGAGCAACGGGAGAAGAUCCCCCAGCAUUGGGAAAAUCAAAAUCAGGACAUGCUGCGAGCCCCCUGGACCUCUCCUGAGGCUGUACCGGCAUUAGCCUGGGCCUGGGGAAACCCAGAAGUGCCUGAGCUCACACCAGAGGAUGACAUUGAGGUCUAUCUGGCUUCCUUCGAGCGAGUGGCUGAAGCUUGCCACUGGCCCAGAAGAGAGUGGGUGACCCGACUCCUGCCAUCCCUCACUGGAAAAGCCCAACAGGCCAUUAGCAGCCUGGAUGCCAGAGACGCCCGAGACUAUGGGAAGGUGAAGGCAGCCAUCCUGCGAGGCUGCAACAUCAGCACAGAGAUGCAGCGCCUUCAGUUUAGGCAGUUCCGCUACCAGGAGGCCAAAGGGCCCCAAGAGGUCUGCAGCCGCCUGUGGGAACUCUCCCAUCAAUGGCUGAAGCCGGAGAUCCGCACCAAGGAGCAGAUCAUGGAGCUGCUGAUCCUGGAGCAGUUCCUGACCAUCCUGCCUGAGGAAAUCCAGAGCUGGGUCUGGGUACGUCACCCGGAAACCUGCGCCCAGGCUGUGUCCCUGGCCGAGGAUUUCCAGCUGGGACAGCGAGAGGCUGGAGUGUGGGAGCAGCAGGUCACAGUGCGCGUAAAGGUUGAGGAAAUGGAGACCCCUGAAGCAUUAUGGGAAUCUGAGAACUCCCAGCUGGAGCAACUGCAACCCAGUCACAAGUGCGUCUCCCCAGAGGAGGUUGGACAAAACAAGUCCAAGUUGCCCUGUGCCGAGGAGAAUCAAGCUCUACAGGAAACUGGUGCCGGGAUCCUGAGCAGAACUGAGGAGCAGCCUCAUGACGAAGGGCCUGAAAACCUGCUGCUGCCCAGCGUACCAGAAAGGGGAUCAGGGGAGAGUGUUACCCACAAAUGUGAGCAGGGAGGAGCCUGCAAGAGGCAGAAGAGGAGCCCAGCUCACGAGACAGAUCCCCCAGGGGAACGUGAGAGCAGAUUCAGGAGACUAACCCAGCUCCCCGCACCAGGGAGACUUCGGACCAUAGGGGACCAUUACUGUCAAGGCAAUUUUCUCAGGACAGAGAAACCCCACAGAUGUAGAGACUGUGGGGAAAGGUUCUGGGAAAAGCAGAAGCUUACAGAGCAUGGCAAAGUCCACAGGAGUGAGAGGCCUCAUCCUUGUGCUGAAUGUGGGAAGAGCUUCAACCGCCUAGCUCAUCUCAAGACACACCAGAGAACCCACACAGGAGAGAAACCCUAUUUCUGUGCAGAGUGUGGGAAACGCUUUGGCCACCUCUCCACACUGACCACUCACCAGAGAUUGCACACAGGGGAGAGACCCUACUCCUGUGCUGAGUGCGGGAAAACCUUCACUCACCCCUCAGACUUGAAUAAGCACCAGCGCUCCCACACAGGUGAGCGGCCCUACCCCUGUGCCGAGUGUGGGAAGCGCUUCAGCCAGCUCUCCAACCUGACUAAACACCAAAGAAGCCACACCGAGGAGCGGCCUUACCCAUGCCCUGAGUGUGGGAAGAGCUUCAAGUACCUCGCUGAUCUCACCGUGCACGAGCGCUCCCACACGGGCGAGCGGCCCUUCCCCUGCCCUGAGUGUGGGAAGAGCUUCAGUAACAAAUCCUCUCUGGCCCGUCACCAGAGAAUCCACGCCAGAGCCGCAGCCAGAAACAAGUGAGACCAUGUUUAGACUAUAGACUAACCAAGAGCUCCGCUCCUGUUAGCCUAUAUGUGCGAUUGGAGCAGAAGAACCUGAGCCACUACUACACAGCCUGAGGGAAAUCAGCCCUCCGCCCUCCCUUAUGCCAUCAUCACCCCCUCACAUCCUACAGGAGAAUGAGGGAGGCUUAAGUGGAGUCCCAGUGCCUGAAACCUCCAGAAGAUAUUCUGUUCUUACCUGUUUUUACUAAUAACACCUAGCUCUUGUAUAUCUCUCUCUAUAUGUUGAAGUGCUGCAGAAAGGAGGUAAGGUGAUAGGAGAGCCCUGGUUUCCUUUCUGCUGCUCUGGGGCAGGUGUGUAUUUGCAGUACCCAUAAGCAAAGCAGGCCAGCCAGAAGAGGAGAAAGAUCUCAACCUUGGAAAACAAAAAUCCUAUCAACUCCACAGGAGAAACGGCCCUGCUUCCCAACAGCAUUCUGCUAGCAGCACCUCUCACUGCCUGGCCCCUGCAAUGCCUGAUUUGUAACUCAGUAGGAGGCACCAGGGACUGCACCUCUGUGACAGGCAAUCUAGCCCCUCUGCCCCCACCACUGACCAGCUGUGUCACUGCCAUCUUCCCUGCUCUGCCUCACUGGCCCUAGCUGCAUCCCAGUCCUUUUGUCCCUCCCCAGCUGCCACCCAGUAAACAUGUCCAAAGUCUGCCAUGGUGCAUUAUUAAAUCCCCUUCACCUGGCUGACUCUUCCUGCUCCCUUGUCUCAGCUAUUUACUGCUUAUGACUUAAUUAAUUGGGCACCUUCCUUGAAUAGCCAGCUAUUUAUUUAUCUCCCACCUUUGUCUUCUGCUCCUGCCCUGAUCAGUACUCUGAUAUCACUUCUGUUUACUCCCGUUUCAGAAGCUGUCUUGUUGCUCAGCUGCCUUUGACCACAAUUACCAAUUCAGUUGUACUUAUGGGAGGUUUUGAUCACACUACAUACACCCUGAUCCUGCAAAGGAGCUCCAUGUGAACAGGCUCCUUUGGAGCUCAGUGCCGGAAUGGAGCCUCAGUAUGUAACUCACUGACGUACCUCAUUUGCUGCUGUUCUGAUUUAUUUAUAUGAUUUCCUGUUCACCUGAUUAUAAUGAAUUUAACAGCACUCCCUGUCAGUUCAGUCAUUAGUGCUGUGUACUUAACUCCUUCCCUAGUCACUUGUCUAACCUACAGCAUUGUCCCUUAAUUGGUAAUCAUAGAAUCAUAGACUUUAAGGUCAGAAGGGACCAUUAUGAUCACCCCUGAUCAAAUUGGCCCUGUCAAC